GCUCCCAACGCCACAAGACAAAAUGCGCGCCGCAACACCACAAACGCUCGGCUGGCUACGUGCUGCUGUCCAGCGCGAGUUGAGCGCAACCGCACCCGUGAUUUGUCCCUCGCGCCGCCACUUCACCAGCAGCACCGCCCUACGGAGCUCACAAGAAGACGGAUCCGACACUUCCUCGCGGCCCAGCAUGCCGCAAACGCAUUACCACUUCUUCCCUAAGACGCUAGCCAGUGGGCCGCCGCCGCACGGGCCGUUCGACAUCGACCUGCGGGCGCUGCGCAGCGAGUUCCUGCAGCUGCAGGCGCAGGCGCACCCGGACCGACACGCAGCGACAAACAAGCGACGGGCGGAAGCGCUGAGCGCGCGCAUCAACGAGGCGUACAAGACGCUGCAAAGCCCGCUGCUGCGCGCGCAGUACUUGCUCCAGCAACGCGGGAUCGACGUGGCGGAGGACGAGCGCCUCAAGGUCGAGGACCCCGACUUGUUGAUGGAGGUGCUGGAGGCGAGGGAGAUGAUUGAGGAAGCAGAAACGGAGGAGGAAGUCGAGGCGAUGAAGGCGGAUAAUGCAAAGAAGAUCGAGGAAAGCGUGGGCGUGCUGGAUAAGGCAUUUAGGGAUGAUGAUGUCGAGGCGGCGAAAGAGGAGGCGGUGCGCUUGAGGUAUUGGGUCAAUAUCAAGGAUAGUCUGGAUGCGUGGGAGAAGGGGAAGCCAGUCGUGUUGGAGCAUUAAGUUGGGUCGAUGCUCCAGCGUCCAAGCGCAUAGUCGACAAGGGAAGUGGAAAGCUGUAAAGAGGGAUGUGUUUGAUGGGCAUCCUGGGCGCUUUACAACUACUCCAUGAUUAUAUCCAAGAGGAAAGCAUUCGUUUGGACUGGUCAUUACAUCUCCCCUCUGUCGAUAUCCGAUAAGUUGGAGCACGGGGUGGUUAGAUUGUGGGUAAGCUGUAAUACGUUAUACACAUGGGCCUACUGAGUAGACGUAGACGCCAAUCUCACGCUCCCCGGGACGACAGGACACCAAAAUGCCUACCCAUAAUAUGAAGAUAUCAAAGACAGUUGAACAGAUA